AUGGCUGAUACUAAAAAUAUCAUAUCUCUAAUUUCUAGUACUAUAAAAGAGCCAACCAUAGAUGAUGUAAUUUAUUUAGGAGAAUGUAGUAUAACGGGCCAUAAGGACAUAUUUGAAGACGGUGUUUUUAUUGAUUUGAUAUCCUUCGAAAGUUUUAGUUUAAAAAAUUUGAAAGUGAAUGGUACUCGGACAAAUAACUCAGCGACAAUAGAUGAACAUAGAUUUUAUUUAAAUAUAAGAAAGAAAAAAAAAGUGUUAGAAAAUGUUGAAGAAAAAGAAAUAAAAAACUUAAGCAUUAAUGCAGAAGGUGGGUUUAUUGAUAAUAAAGUUUAUGAAUAUGAAUAUGAUUAUUCUGUUUAUGAUAUAAAAACAAAUAUAUAUAUAAAAUUAAGUGAAUUAGAUCAAAAUGUAAUAAGCAUAUGUAAUAAUAUAAUAAACCAUAAAAAUGAAAUAAAAAAAGAUAAUAUAAAUAAAUGGGUUGAUGAAAUAAAAGAAAGUAAAUAUUCAAAAAAUUUAAUACAAUUACCUAAUAUAAAAAUUAAAAAUGAAAAUAUUGAAUGUGCAGUAUGUAAAUCAAAAAAAAAUCUAUGGCUAAAUUUAUCUGAUGGCUAUAUUGGAUGUGGAAGAAAAAUAUAUAACUAUGGAGGUGGAUGUUUAAACAAUGAAGAAGGUGCUGCUUUAAAACAUUUUUAUGAAACCGGAAAAAAAUAUCCUUUAGUUGUUAAAAUAGGAACUAUAACUAAAGACGGAAAUGCUGAUGUUUUUUCAUAUGCUGAUGAUGAAAAUGAUAGUGUAAUAGAUCCAUAUAUUGCUACUCAUUUAAAUAAUCUAGGUAUAAAUAUAAUGAAUUUAGAAAAAACUGAAAUUACUACUUUAGAAAAAGAAAUACAAGAAAAUAAAAAUAUUAAUUUUUCAUCAAUAUUGGAUAAAGGAAUAGAACCUAUUUGUGAACAAGGAAAAAUUGGACUUAGAAACUUAGGCAAUACAUGUUAUAUGAAUUGUGCAUUACAAGUUUUACUAUCCAUAAAAAGUAUAAGUUUAAAAUAUAUAAAUAAUUUAGAUAACUUUUUAUCAACCUUAGAUAGAAAUAAUAAAACACAUGAUGACUUAUUUUUACAAUACUCUAAACUUUGUUAUAUGGCUUAUCAAGAAGAUUAUAUUAAAAAUAAAAAAAAAUAUGUUAAACAAUUUAAACAAGAAUGUCAAAAUAAAAAUAUUAAAAUUAAUUAUGACAGUGAUAUUGAUGAAGAAAAUUCGGUUAGUAUUGAUCCAAGUAUGUUUAGAAACUGUGUCAACAAAAAGGGAAACAACCCUUUUUGUAAUAACAGUCAACAAGAUAUAUAUGAAUAUCUAUCUUACAUAAUAAAUGAAUUGAUAGAUAAUGAAAAUAAAAUAUUCGAUAGAUUAUCAAAUUGUACCACAAACAUAAUUACAGAAACAAAUAAAAGAAAACAUGCAGAAAUAGAUAAUGCUGAAAAAAAUUCAAACCCUUAUUUUCCUUUUGAUGCAGAUACUAUUUCAAAUAUAGAUAAGUCUAUUUUUAAUUAUUUCACUUUUGAAAUCGAACAAACAAUACAAAGUGAAAUAGGAAAUAAAAGUGUAAGCUCUUUUCAAAAUAUUAUAUUGUCUUUAGAUAUACCAGUUGAUAGUUCAGUGUUAAAAAAAUUGGAAACAGAACAAAAUGAACCUGAUAAAACUACAGGAACAGAAAAUAUUAAAAUUUCUUUAAUGGAUUGCUUAAAAAAUUAUAUAAAAAAAGAUAACAUAAAUGAUUAUUACUCAGAAAUAGAAAAUAAAAAAGUACAUGCCCAAAAAGAUAUGAAGUUUAAAUCUUUUUCACCAUAUCUUUUUAUCCAUCUUAAACGAUUUUAUGCUGAUGAAAAUUGGUGUGCUAAAAAAAUUAACAUACCUAUUGAAGCUCAUGAUAAAAUAAAUUUAGAAUUUAUGAGAGCUGAGAAAAAUAAUAAUGUAGAUACAAAUACUAAUACCACAUGUAACAAUGAAAAUAGUGAACAAAAUAUUCUUGAAAAAUAUAAAGAUGUUGUUGAUUCUUUAUUAGAUUUAGGUUUUGAAAAAGAUAAAAUAAUUGAAUCAAUUAAAAAAGUAAAAAUAAAAAAUGUAAAUAAUUGUAUAUCUUAUAUAUAUGGUGAAGGUUCCGUCGAAUUAGAUACUACACAAUCAAGUAAUAAAAAUACCGAAGUUAAUCAAAAUAAUUUAGAUUCUAUUAUUUCAAUGGGAAUAAGUAAAGAAGUAGCUAUGGCUUCUCUUUUAAUAAAUAAAAAUGAUCUACAAAAAUCAAUUGAUUAUAUUUUUUCAAAUAUGGAUAUACUCACAGAGAAUAAAUGCAAUGCGAUUAUAAACAGCAACAAAUGUGAUGAUGGUUUGGCAAACUACGAAUUGGUAGCAUCAAUUGUACACAUAGGAAAUAAUGCAAACUCAGGUCACUACAUAUGCUAUAUCAAGGAUAAUUCAAAGUGGUACGUAUUUAAUGAUAAUAAGGUCGGUUUGUGCAAUGAAAAUUUGGGAAAGGAUACAGCAUACAUACAUUUAUACAAAAGGAUAUAA